GACAAAAACGUCAGUGUGCGCUGAAUCGAGCUAUGAGGCGAUUGCGUGUUGCCGUGCGUGUGAAACUAGCAUAAAUGCUAUAUUUAACCAGUGCACAUUAAAAACAAAGAAACUAUAGACUCUGAGCCAUAAAAAGAAAGUACAACAUGAUUAUAAGGACUGGGAUAGUCGUUUUAUGUGUAAGCAUCACCAUAGCAGCGAAUACUUCGAGCAAAGCCACGCCGGCUUUGAUGCUCUCCCCAUUUAUCAAACAAAAUCGCCUCCAGGAAGCAAGAAACGCAUCUUCAGUCAACAGCACACUCUUCCUUAAUAUCACGAGCCAUGCUGGUUUCCUUACGGUUGACUCGUCGUAUAAUUCCAACAUGUUCUUUUGGUACUUCCCCGUGGCAGGGAAACCUGUUAAUGAGACGCCUUGGAUAAUUUGGUUGCAAGGAGGACCCGGUGCCAGCAGCUUGGCUGGGCUGUUCGAUGAAAUAGGCCCGUUUGAAUAUGAUGGUGCGCAGUUGAAACGACGCCAGUGGUCAUGGGGCAACAACUACUCGCUGCUGUUCGUGGACAACCCGGUGGGUGCCGGCUUCAGUUUCAUCGACAAGCAAGACGGAUUCGUGAAGGAUAUGGAAACGUGCUCCAAGAAUCUCUACAACGCACUACAGCAGUUCCUGACGAUCUUUCCUGAGCUAAGAACUGCGCCGCUGUACAUAGCUGGGGAGUCCUACGCCGGCCGCUACGUGCCGGCCUUCGGGUACAAGAUCUUGGAGGAGCAGCCUACGGGCAACGCCUCUAUCAAUUUGAAGGGUCUUACGAUGGGCAACCCAAUCAUCGAUCGCAUUGACGCUGCGAACAUCUCGUCGGUAUACUACCACUGGGGUCUACUGGACACACAAGGCUUACUCGCUGUCAAACCACUACAGGAUAAAUACAGCCAGGCCGUAGAGCAGAACAACCUGCAUGAAGCUUGGGACCUCCGCGAUCAACUCAACCAGUUAUUGUUAGACAUCUCCCAACAACCCAACCACUUCAACCUUUUGAACGAAUCAGGCAAUCUUCGCGCAUUCACUAACUUCAUAGAUCAGCCUCACAUAAAGGAAGCUCUUCACGUCGGUACCAUACAGUUCACGUUCAACAAUGGAUCGGUGGACGAUGCUCUGAUGAAGGAUUUCCUUGGACCUAUUAGACCGAAGCUGGAAAAACUGCUAGAACAUUAUAAGAUUAUGAUUUACUGCGGUCAACUGGACCUGACUGCGCCGUGCGAGCUGGCCGCGGACUCUCGGCGCAAGCGCUGGCACUGGAGUCAUCGAGACGACUUCCUCAAGGCCCCGCGACGGCCCUGGACGCUUAAUGGAACGUUGGCUGGCUACAUAAAAGAGGGCGGCGGUUUAACCGAGGUUCUGGUCCGCGGAGUAGGGCACCUGGUUCCUCUCGACGAUCCUGCAGCUUCGUACGGACUGCUCCGACACUUCAUACAAGACGCCGACCUACCUAUACCCUCAGACUUCAAAGAUAAACCGGAAUAUACGCCGCCGUAUGUCGAUAAUCAACCUACAAAUCAGCCGACGCUAAGAAACAACGCGCUUAUAGCGUCAGUAGUACUAAAUGUGCUCCUUAUAGUCUGCCUUAUUAGUGGUGUUUUCGUAUAUAUGAGAUUUAAGAGAAGAAGCGAGGCAUAUUUCUACAGCACCGUGGAGGACUCUAUAUCUGAUGGUAUUUUAACCAUGACCUACGUUAAGCAGGGCGGCGGUCUAACAGAAGUUCUGGUACGAGCAUCAGGCCACCUGGUUCCCAGAGACGCACCUGCCCAGGCUUACCAGGUGAUCAACUCCUUCAUCAGCCAGAACCUCAUCUCGACCGUUGUGAUACUCACUGGCCAUCGAGAUAAACAAGUGACUGCAAAAGUGGGAGAAGUUUCAGGACUCGCUGUGACCGUGGGAAAAAUGUUGCUAAUUUGGGCUUUAACUUUAGUUUGCGCAGCAUCAUGCUCGGAUCGGUUCUCCCUACCCGAGCUGCCUCCUGGCGAGGCACCGGACCGUAUUCUCAAGUUCAUGGAGGACACGUACAAGACCGGGCGAGGCAAGUCCGCGUCCGAGGCGGGAGAGCCUCUGCUUCUCACCCCGCUCAUUGAGCAGAACAAGCUGGAGGAGGCUAGAGAGGCGGCGAAGGUUGACUCCGAUUACAUACUUCCUGACAUGGACAGCUAUGCUGGAUAUUUGACGGUAAACAAAGAGUACAACGCGAACCUCUGGUUCUGGUAUUUCCCGGUGACCGACAAGAAGGUGGAAGACACUCCCUGGAUCAUCUGGCUGCAAGGCGGCCCUGGAGUGUCCUCCCUGUACGGGCUGUUCACCGAAAUCGGACCGUUUGUCGUCAAUGAAGACGGCAAUUUGGAAGAACUAAAAUAUUCUUGGGGCAAGAACCAUUCGCUGCUGUUCAUAGACAACCCCGUCGGCACAGGCUUCAGUUUUACUUCGGACGAUCGUGGAUAUGCCACCAAUCAGACCACGAUCGGCGAGAACUUGUACACAGCACUGCAACAGUUCCUGACAUUGUUUCCCGAAUUGAGGAAGGCGCCACUGACGAUCGCUGGCGAAUCGUACGCUGGCAAGCACAUCCCGUCCAUCGGCAUUCAGAUCCUGUGGAACAGGGAGAGGGACCAAGACCAGCCCAUUAAUCUGCAGGGCCUAGCCAUCGGCAACGGUUUCAUCGACCCCCUGUCGCUGCAACGUUACAGUUACUUCGUGCGCGAGGUCGGCCUGGUGGACGAUAAGGUCGCCGACUCCAUGCGACACUUGGAGCUGGCCGUCACGCAGUUCAUAAACAACGGGGAGAUGGUUAAAGCUUAUGCGUAUUACAACUAUCUGCUAACCACUUUCCUCCGCGAAUCCCAACUGGACAAUCUGUACAACUUCCUCCAAACCGACAUCGGGCUCGGCGGUCCUCACAUAGAAUACCUCGAGCGCAACGAAGUGCGCCGCGCUUUGCACGUGGGCAACACGAACUUCACGUCGGUCGGCGUGGUGUACAGGAAACUGGUGCUGGACUUCAUGAACAGCGCUAGGACGUGGCUUGAGGAGCUGCUGGAUAACUACAGGGUCAUGCUUUAUAAUGGCCAUCUCGACAUCAUAGUGGCGUACCAUCCGUCGGUGAACACGUACAACUCACUCAACUUCUCCGGUACGAAAUCCUACAAGACAGCAAAGCGCAACCCUUGGUACCACGACGACAAACUCGCUGGAUACGUAAAAACCGCCGGAAACCUGACUGAAGUGAUGGUCUUAGGGGCAGGACACAUGGUGCCCGCUGACAAGCCGGCGCCGGCGCUCGGUCUGAUCUCGGCCUUCGCCCGCGGACUGUCUUUGGACGAUGACACGGGGAACCUCGUCAACAUAGAUAGAAAGUCUUUGCGGACCCGCCAACUCCCAGCGGAAUAGUCAUAUCAAGUCAAAUAUUUUGUAAAAGUG